CACCACAAUCCAUCAACAGCCUCUCUCUCUCUCUCUCUCUCUCUCUCUCUCUCUCUCCCUCCUCUUCAAUCUUUCAACCCAAGACCUUCUUACCCUUUCCUUCCAUGGCCAGCACCACCGCAAUGGUACCCACCAGAAUGCCGCAACAGCAGAGCAGGGGCGACCGUGGCUUGUUCACGACGUCCGAUGACAACGUCAUGAUGAAGCAAAUAAUGGCCACCCACACCCCUGACGGCCGCGAAUUUGACGUCAAGCCUCUGCUCCACGUCGUCGAGGACGUCAUGCACCGUGCCACUCCCAUCGUCCCUGGCACUGCUAAUGCAAUAACACAGGCACAACUAGAGGCACUGGAUGAAAAGGCCCUCCACAGUGGGUUUAGUGACAUGCUUGAAGUUUUGGCAUACCCAAUUAAUAGAAUUGCCUGCGAGAUAUCCUGCAAGUGUUCAGGGGGCUCCGAUGCUCACGCAACCACUGUUGGCCUCUUCAACACGCUUUCAAGCUACAUGUGGGAUGCCAAGGUUGUGAUAGCCUUAGCAGCAUUUGCUGUCAACUACGGCGAAUUCUGGCUAGUGGCCCAGCUAUACCCAACCAACCCUCUCGCCAGGUCCGUGGCGCUCCUCAAGCAACUUCCGGACAUUCUGGAACGCGGAGAUUCUCUCAAACCUAGGUUUGAAGCCCUCACCACCCUCAUCAAGGCCAUGCUCGACUUGACCAAGUGCAUUGUCGAGUUCAAGGAGCUCCCGUCUCAGUACAUAACCCUUGAAACUCCGGCAUUGGUUACUGCAACUGCACAUAUUCCCACUGCAGUUUAUUGGACUUUUAGGAGCAUUGUGGCUUGUGCAUCGCAGAUCAUGAACCUCAUUGGCAUGGGGCAUGAGUACAUAUCAUCUACUACAGAGGCUUGGGAGCUUUCUAGCUUGGCCCACAAGGUCAGCAACAUACACAGCCACCUCCAGAAGCAACUGGCUCUCUGUUAUCAGCACAUUGAUGAGAAAAGACACAUCGAAGCAUAUCUGACACUUGUUCGACUCUUCGAUACACCCCACAUGGAUAACACGAAGAUCCUAAAGGCUCUGAUAUAUGGCAAGGAGGAUCAGCUGCCUCUCUGGGAUGGUCACUUAAAGAAACGGGUUAGCCUUGAUGUGCUGAGGAGGAGGAAUGUGCUGCUAUUCAUUUCAGAGCUGGACCUCGACCACAACCAAGAACUCUUCAUUCUCGACCAAAUGUACAGCGAGUCCCGACAAAACCCAUCACGGCCAGAAAGCCAAUACGAGAUCGUGUGGCUCCCGGUGGUGGACAGAUCAACCCCGUGGAGCGAAGUGAAGCAAAAGCAGUUCGAGAGUGUACAAGCACAGAUGGCGUGGUACUCUGUGUACCACCCUUCGUUGCUCGAUCCAUCUGUGAUCAAGUACAUCAAGGAAAUAUGGCACUUCAACAAGAAGCCUUUGCUCGUGGCGCUCGACCCACAAGGGAGAGUUGUGAACACCAACGCUAUCCACAUGAUGUGGAUUUGGGGGUACUUGGCUUUCCCGUUUACUACGGUGAGAGAGGAUGGUUUGUGGAAGGAUGAGAGUUGGAGGAUUGAGCUGUUGGCUGAUUCUAUUGAACCGUUGAUCUUUAAUUGGAUUAGCGAGGGGAAGUAUAUUUGCUUGUACGGAGGGGAGGACAUGGAGUGGAUACGGAGGUUCACAACAACAGCUAAAGCGGUGGCACAAGCCGCCGGUAUCCAGUUGGAGAUGUUGUACGUGGGAAAAAGCAACCCGAGGGAGAAAGUUCGAAAGAUCAACAGCACCAUCGUUGCGGAAAAACUCAGUCACAUGCUGCCAGACCUCACUCUCAUCUGGUUCUUCUGGGUCAGGCUCGAAAGCAUGUGGCAUUCCAAGACCCAACACGGUAAGUCCGUGGAGAACGACACCAUAGUGCAGGAGAUCAUGACGAUGCUGAGUUUUGACGGGAGCGAUCAGGGGUGGGCCUUGAUAAGCCGGGGGUCGACCGAGAUGGCGAAAGCCAAGGGGGACACAAUCCUGACAAGCUUGACUCGGUUCGACCAGUGGAAGCAGCGAGCUGAACAAGAGGGUUUUGUGCCAGCGCUCAACGCGAAUCUUCACGAUCUUCACACCCCACAUCACUGCAACCGUCUGAUCCUGCCCGGGGCCAACGGGGCCAUCCCUGAGAGGGUGGUUUGCGCCGAGUGUGGCCGCCCGAUGGAGAAGUUCAUCAUGUACCGCUGCUGUACCGAUUAAGAUCUUCAUACGUACAGCAGGUGUGCCUUUGGGAGGGACCUUAUAUAUUAAGGAUAAAAGACGCUCCGUUUAAGGAGAGUGAUUACUACUACUACUACUACUAUGUUCUGUAUUUGGUUAUUCGCUUCCCUUGUUUUCCUGUCUUAUGUGUGUUGUAACGAUGCUAUCAAAUAAGCUUAAUGGAAUAAAUAACUUACAGACCA